CGAACGAGAAAAGCUGCUGCCGGGGAAGGGGAAGGAAAAGGGGGGGAAUGAGGGUGCGGAUCCGUUGUGCCAUGACCUGGUGCCUUUGCGAAAAUAAUGACAGGCACCGGCUUAGCACCUAGCAAUGGUGUUCCUUCUUGAUGAAAUUCACGCAGGACAUCACGUCCUGAUCAGCGGCACAGGGGCCCCCGUGAUUGUCUAUUGAUUGCGCGGAGUAACGCGGGGGGUGGUCACUUGGGGGUUGGCGGCUGUUGGCGCCAGAGGCGCAUUAAACUUAGGGCAAUGGGGGAAAGGGCGAAGUAAAGGUGGCACGGAAGGUUAAACAUAUCUGGGCUGCACGCUUGCUUGCGAUGACGGCUGGCGGAAGAAAACAUGAAUUCAUGGCAUUCUAUUAGGACAACAAGCUUUAGUCAACUGGUCUAGGGCACAGCAGGGUGGUGAUGAAUGCGUGUGUAGUGGGAGGCGGGAGGAGGAGGAGGAGGAGGGGAGGGAGGAUAAUGCCGCGUAGAAUUUGCCAUAUGCAUGUCCGAGCAUAAUAGGAGGGGAAAUAGGCCAGGAUGAAAUCCUGGAAUUGAGGCGCAGCAGCUGCAGGGACUCUGGUCUAGCGGUAGGUAUCGUUUUCGAAAAACUAUUAUGUACGCGUGCGUGUGUGAGGGUGCGUGCGUGCGGCUCGAGAGCGUUUUGGCGGUCCUUAAUGCCGUACACGACCUCCUGCGCCAGGGCCGUCAGGCCACGCAGCGGGACCUGUACUACACGCGGCCUGGGGGUGACGUGUGCGGGGCGUGGGGCGGUGGCGGGGCGGCUGCAGCUGCGAGACGGACCCGCUUCACCCUGGGUGGACUGCAGUACCGCCGGUGGGAGUGGGUGGGUCCUUCAGGUCGGGCACUUCCGGGCGACAUGGCCACCAUUGCCAGGUUCGGAUUGCAGCUCAUGUCACCCGCAGCAGCAGCAGCAGCAGCAGCCGGGGGAUCUGCUGCUGCUGCUGCUGCUGCCGGCGGUAGUGGCGGCGGUAGUGGCGGCAGUUGCUAUUUGCUGGUGGUCGAGAAGGACGCGGUGUUUCAGAGGCUUGCUGAAGAUCGUAUUUGGGACCAUUUGCCGUGCGUACUGCUAACCGCUCGCGGCAUGCCUGAUUUGGCAACCCGCGCCUUUGCCGCGCGCCUAGCCGCCAGCUUUCCGGCCCCCCGACUGCAACCCGUGGGUUUGGUAGACUAUAACCCAGCAGGGGUGGUAAUCCUGGCGACGUACAAGUACGGUAGCGACCGCCUGGGGCCCGAGGGCCGCGCUCAUUUGCUGCCGGGGCUUCGUUGGCUGGGUCUCCGGAGCCGUCAGCUGGCAGAUGUGGAGCACCACCACCUGCAGCCGCUGUCUGAACGGGACAGGGUUAUGGUCCGGGGUCUCAGGGAACGGUUGGGGGACAUGGAGCCGGGCUGGGCGGGGGAGCUGGACGUCAUGGAGGCGUCCGGGUACAAAGGGGGAGGAAAAAGGGACGCACAGGCAAAGAUCAAACACCAGCACACACACUCCGCUGCCCCACACCGCCACAGAGCUCCUCGCCGCAAAGGAGAACAGAAAAUGCCCUGGAACGUGCAGAGCCCUGACGAGCCGAAAGCGCAGCGGCGACAUAGAGGCGGUGUACCGGGGGGGUGUCGGAACCUUGGCAAAAUUCGGACGUUGGUGAAGUCUGGCCUAGAUCCCAAUGGUCUCGUGAGCAAUACCAGCUGCUUCGAUAAUACCACCUGGGUGCUUAAGGACCGGAAGCCGCUAGUUCCGUUGCUGGUCUUCUCCUGCUUUAACGGCGUCCCCGCCGCGGUACUUGACCUCCUCAUCCGGCUGGGCGCUUUACCAAAUGCCGUCACUGAUUGUGGCCUGCCGGCGCCCUUGGCGGUGCUGUGUGCGAAAAUCACGGCAGAGGAGCACCGUGCCCUUUUUCAGGUGUUGCGUCAGCACCGCUGCUCUACCUUCAACUCCAGUGUCUGCUCCGCGCGCAAUGACCACCCCAUCCACAUCACCUGCAAGGUCCUGGACCUGUCGGAUUGGACAUCACCGCGGAAGGUGGAGGGCAUUGAGCUGCUUAUCAAGUUUGGGACUUUCCAGCUUUCGGACGGCGGGCUGGACGAGCGUGCGAUGUACGACUUCGUGGCGACAGCUGUACGGCACUCGUGUGGCCAUAAACUGCUGGACUGCCUAUGGCGCCACUUCCCCCAGCAGCUGCUUCCUUCCCUACCAGCCUCCGACUGCCUGCUGCUCCGCGCCCUGGCUGACUCGUGGCUUGAGCCCUUCUGGCGCCGCAGCGCGGAGAGACAACACACCGUCAGUAUGGGGCUGGUGCUGAGGGCGCUGCUGGAGCAUCCGGCCAUGCAGCCGCCGCAGCGAGAGGCCGUCGCCUACUGGCUCCGUACGAACAUGGCUGUACUGCUGUACCGCCCGGAGCUCGUUGCUUUACUGCUGGACCGAUGCAGGGUCUGCCCUGCACAGUCAACAUCUUCCCGUGCUGCUAGCGGACCUGGCUCCCCGGUUUCGCCUCGGUCAGCAGCAGCGACAGCGGCGGCAGUGCCGCUUCACUUCCACCCGGAUGAUCGAGACCUGGUGCUCCCCGUGGGGCUGCUGAGUGGGCCGGAGGCGGCGCAGGGAGAUGUGCCGCUGGCACCCGGCAUGAGCCUUAUGUUGGCGUAUGUGGUAGAUCCGGAUGAGCAGCUGGCGAGGCAGGGCGGCAUUCAUGCCGUACCACCGCAACCAUGCCCUAGGGAGCGGUUGCUGGAUUUGCUGGACAGCAACGUCUUGGAUUACGUGGACAACCGAAAUCUGGAUCUAGUUGAGGUGACGCUGGCGGAGCUGUUGCCGCAGCUGGCAAGCCUGUCGCCAUCGGCCGCGGCGGCGGCGGAUCUAGACGAUGAUCAAGGCGCCGCUGGCGGCAGUGGCGUUACAUUGAGUGACGGCGGUAUUGGUGAUCGCGGUGGCGGCGACGGCAGCCGGAGCGCAGCAUGCGGUGGCGGUCGUAGCGACGGAAAAGGCGCGGCAGCCAACCUCGCCGCGCAGCUGUCUGUUGUAUCGGAGCGCCUGGAGCGUGCACAUGCAUGCCUGGACGAGCUGUACGAUAGCGAGCGCAGCGAUGCCGAGCUGGCCAACGACCCGGAGGUCUGGCGCGCGGAGGCGGCAGUUGAAGCGCUGGCAGCUGUGCAGCGCUGCCUGCAGCGCGCCGCCACCGCCGCCGCCGGGGGCGACGGCGACGCCUCGGCGAGAUUUCGCUGCGAGCUGUCUACUGGGGUAGCGUUCGUGGAUGUGGUCGCGGCGCGAAUCGUGGGUCAGCCGGAGUGGGGCUUUUCUCGAGGGUUGCUGCUACAGCUGGGGCUGUGCCAGAUGCGGCGGGCUCUGCGAUCGCUGCAAGCCGCGGCCGGCAGCGGCGGCGCCGCCGACAGAGGCGCUGACGGCGGCGUGCAGGGCGUGGAGGCACAGAUGGAAGUUCUACGGCUGUAUUUUGAGGAGCUGCUGGCCGACACGUCGGUUUCGGAGCGGCGGCUGCUUGAGGACCUGGUUUCGGCGCUUGAGGCGGCGGAGCGGGAACGCGAUCUGGAGGAGGCGCAGGUGGCGGAGGAGGUUGCCGCCGCCGCCGCCGCCGCCGCUGCGGCUGCCGUGACGACGGCGGCGAUGGAGACGAAUACAGAGGCCAGCCAUGCCUUGCAGCCGCCAAGGGCCACCGAAUACGGGUCGAUGGCUGAGAUCCCGUAUGAUGCCAAUCCGUCGGAAGCUUUGCUGCGAGGCAUGACGAAACCGCUGUCACCGCCGCCGCCGCAGCGGCAGCAGCAGAUGCAUGAGGUAGUGGGGAGAUGUGAGCAGGAAGAAGCGCAACAGGAAACGGAGGGGCAAAAUAUUGAUGUUGCCCUUGUUCCACGGGCUGGGGUGGAAGGCGGUGAUGGUGGUAGCGACGGCUGCGGCGGCAGCGCCGGUCAGCAGCUUUCGGCCUGCUCCUCUAGACACCCGAGCAGUAGCAGCUGUCGCUGUGACAGCAGUAGCAGCAGCGGCGUCAGCGGCAGUGUGGGGAACAUCGGGGGGCCUGAAGCUGCAGCCGCUGCGACAACCUUGCCCGUGGUGGCCGAUUCCACGGCAGCGACUGCAGCCGCCAUGGCGGCGAUGCGUCAGGCCUUCCUGACGCCGCAAGCCCGUGCGGCGAUGCACAGGGCAAUGCUUCCUGGUGAGUCGAUGGGGGAAUGGACAAGCGAUGAUGAGGACGGAAGCGACGGUGGUGAUGAUGAUGAUGAUGAUGACGACAUCGGGGUGGGCGGCGGCCGCGGCGGCAGUAGCAGCAGUGCGGAGUCCUGGCGGCGGCAGGCCAAGGAUGUUGCCGUCAGCGCUCGCGGCGUCGGCGACGCUGUCGCGGAUUCAGGCGCAAGCCAGGGCAGUAACGCUGGCUGCAGCAGGAGCAUUUUUGCAGGGCGAGGUGGCAGUGGAGUAAAGGGGAAAGGUAGCUGCAGCACUCGGCGGUGCGCCUUGGAGAACGGUAGCGAUACCCUUGGAGCUGGCCCAGGCCGGCAGUGCAGUCAACUGUCGCCGAAUUUGGCGAAGCCGCCGCCGCCGCCGCCACAGCAGCAGCAGCAGGCGCAGCAGAUGCGGCAGGUGCAGCAGCGGCGGCGACGUCUUAAGCUCGUCGGAGUCGUUGACGGUGGCGCAGCCACCGGGCGACGCCGCCGCGGCCGUCGCUUGUACGGCAGCGAGAGCGGCGCCGAGCGACCGGAGGGAUUCUCCACGCCAACUGUGGAUGGCUGGCGAGACCCGGAUUUGCUCCUGGGAGGGCUAAAUGUAAUGUCCCUGCCGCCGAAUAUACGGCACGGCAGCGGUGGCUGCGGUGGCAGCGGCAGCUCGUCCGACAGCUCUGGCAGGGAGCUGGCGCCGUACGAGUACCUUGGCGCUGCCGUUAUGUUCCAAGACUACGAGGACAGCGGCAGCGGCGGCAGCAGUGACGCGAAUGCCGGUUUCGGCGUCGGCGUGGGCGUCAGAUGCAAUGGUAGUGCAGCGAGCAGCGCAUACGACACACCGUCGGAGGGCAGCGGCGGCGACGCGGCGUCGCUGCUGGAAGCGCAAGCUCGUGGCUGGAGCGGUGGCGGCGCCGCCGACGCCGUUGUCGCGGCCGCCGCCGCGCCCCGACGGCUCAGCCACAGCUCUGACCAGAGCUCGGAGCUGUCGUACGGCAGCGCGCAGGGCGGGUACGGAUCUGUGCAUGGUUACGGUCCUGAAUACGGACUUGAAAGUGUCGGCGGCGACAUGGGUGCGCUCGAUUCCGGCGUGGCAAACCGCCCGACCUGCGGCGGUAGCAGCAACAGCGGCGGCGGCGGCGGCGGCGCCAGCCGCCGUGACAUGCAUACCAUUGCCGCAGCCGCUGCGUUGGCGAUGGCCUCGGCCACCGGUGGCAGUGGCCCGGCUCCGCUGCCGGCGCCGCAGGGUGGCGGCAACAUUACCCAGCAACGACGGCAUCGCAACGGCAGCGGUCAACAGUCCAAGCACGCCGCCAUGCGCAGCCUUAGCUGCCGCGCCGCCUAUGCGGCCGGACCGACGGUUGCGGUGUCGUAUUACGAAAGGGCUAACGGAUGUGACAGCGUUACCAGCAUGGAACAGAGCGGCGACCUCCGUGGCCUCCGGACCUCUGUGCCUGACGGCAGCGGCACCCCAUCCACUGCCGGCGUGAAUGCCAUGGUGUUGAUGGCGGAACGUCCUCUCGCCUGCCACGUCUCUUCUUCUACUUCCUGUCCUUCCGCUUCUGCCGCCUCAUCGUCGUCGCCGUCCGGCGCCUCUUGUUGCUCUUCCCUUGAUUCCACGCGUGCCUGUAUCGUACACAAGCCUUUCGUCGCCACUGCCGGCGCCACUGAGGCCCGCCGCUGGUCACGUGUCCCGACGAAGCCCCAUGUACAGAUCCGGGCCCUAGAGCCGCCGGCAGCGGUGGCGGCGGCGGCGGCGGCAGCAGCAGCUGUGCUGCAGCCGCCAUCGGAGCGGCAUACGGCAUCCAUCCAUACCUACAGCCGCCCUCCCGAGGGCGGCGGCGGCGGCGACAGCAGCGGCGAUGAAUACGUGCAUACAUAUGACGCCAGCAACGAGUAUGCUGCGGAAGGCGUAUGUAUCAUGAAGCCGACGGGAUCUUCUGCAGCGGCAAAGGAGGAUUCCGCGGUGAACGGCCGUCAACGGUACGACGCCAACGCACCCGCGUAUGGCGACCUUGACGACAGCGGUGUCGGCCUUGGUAGACGCGGGGAUGUCCGUAGCGGCGGCGGCGGCGCCGCCGCCGCCGCCAUCGGCGCUACUGCAAGGGCGGAAACUGCAGGAGGGCGGCGGCGUGCGGUGGUGCGUCGUACACGUGCCAAGCAAACUCCACUGGUGGUGGCGGAGGCUGCGUCGCCGCUUCGCCAGCAAGCAGCUUCAUCACCGCCGCCGCUGCCGGCGCUGCUGCUGCCACAAAGCUUUGGUCUGCGCUCCUGCAGCGAUGCAAGUGCGGGGAACGAGACGGAGAGCAGUGACAGCGGUGGGAGGCGGCGGCGCAGCACCAGCAAAGUGUCGUACGGCUCUGACGGCUCCGUCGUCGCCACCGUCGCGCCGCGGCGGCCUGCCGCCAGUAGCAGCGGUGGCGGCGGUGCCGGUGAGGAUGUAGACGCUUCAGACGACGCGAGUAGUACGUCGACUCAAGAAUGGCCGCCCCGGCGGCCGCCUGCCAUCGCCAAGAGCAUAACCCUCGCUGCGGGGUCCUUCCCUGACGUUAGUACUGCUACAGCCGUCGCGCCGAUUGCUACAGCCGUCGCGCCGAUUGCUACAGACGCCAGCUCCGAAAAUGACUCUGAUGCGCCUGGCAGCGUCGGCUUCUCCGGCAGGCGGCCAGAGCACGGCAGCUCCGAAGACUUUGGGUCGGGUUCUGGAUCUGAAACGGAGCCGGGCGGCAGUACCGAAGGCAGGCGCACCACUGCGACGCGGUCCUCGACGGUGCCGCAGCCGGCACCGCCGUCGCUGCCGUUACAGUCCGGAUCGAAUUCUGAAUUCAGAGGUAAUGAUAAGUGCCGCUGUCGGAGCGCAAGUGCGACCUCUUCCGACAGCUCCGUUACCAGCAGACCGACUCCCGUUGGGGGUAAUGCUGUGGCGACGCGGCCAGAAUCUCUGGUAGCGGCGGCGGGGCGGCGGCGGUGCGCUGCCGCAGCCGACGGCGCCAUCGACGCGGUGGCGGCUUCGGAGGAGAUCUCAAUCUCCAGGUUAUGCCUUGCGGCACCAUUCACCGCCGCCGCCGCCACCGCCGCCACCGCCACCGCCGCCCCAGCAGUAGCCGUACUGGCGGAGGAGAAAGAGGAUGGUAGUGACGGUGACAGCAGGGGCUACGGCUCCGUCACCGAGGGUGUCGGCGCCGACCAUAACGGCGUUGACGGCGACGACGAAGAUGGCUCCCCGGAUAUGAGCGGCCGCCGCCAGCAGCAGCAGCAUUGCCCUGUGGCAUCGGCGCAACCGCCUCCGGAGGUGGCGGCGCCGGCGCCGGCUACGGGGCCCGUUUCUCUAUCUGCACACACCGCCGCCGCCGCCGCUGAUAAGACGCUGGCGGCGCUCCUCUCCAACCUGGCCACCUCUGCUAACGUACUCCCUAGGCCAGCUGGCGCAAUACCAAACAGGGGCUCAGACCCGAUUGGGGCCGCCAGUGGCGGCGGCGGUGUCAAGAGGCCGCGGUCGGGGGCAUGUACUUGGUUUGGGGACGGAACGGCCGCCGCUGCCACUGCUGCUGCUGCUGCCGGCGGCAGCAUGCCAUCUAGCUGCUGCUACGUGCUCCGGCUGAGUGGUGGCGGUGGUGCCGCUGCUGGGGAGUGCGCGGGGGUGCCGCCGCCGGAUGCAGUGAUGCGGGCGUUGUCGAAUGGACCUUGUGGCCCCGAGGCGCUGUACAGCUGGGCAGGGGAGCUGCGGACUGCGCUGGUGACGUCAUCGGGGUGUGUGCACCAGCGGCUCUUGGUGGUGGCGGACAGCACCACCCGGGCCCCCGGACCGACCUGGCUGACGGCGCUGCGCGCUGCCGUCGCAGGUGCCGUACUGGGUCCCGUUCUCGACGGGGCCGGUGCGGGCAGCGGUGGCGGCGACGCGCGCUCGGGCGGCGGGCGGCGGCGGGACCACCCCAUGGGUGGUGGUGGUCGCCGCCGCUACUGCCCGGAUUGGCUCCGCCAGACGGUGCUACUGCUGCCGCUUAGCCACCUAAUCGUGCCGUACGGCGGGUCGUAUUUGUACCAGGCGGCCUCCCGGGCAUACCAGGGUAAGACCACCUUUGGUAGACGUUUCGCGCAUGAGAUGUGA